AUGAAAUUCGAAGAAUGGAUGGCAUGGAUCUAUACUGGUGCCAUAUCUUUUACGUCUUUGCUAUUCACCUUCCGCGUGAGGGCGAUCUUUGAAGGCAACCGAUACGUAACAGCGUUUUUUGGGAUUCUUUGGCUUGUUGUGGUCGGUACAGCCUUGAUGACAACGCAGGGAGACACCGCUGGACAAAUAGGGUCAACGAAGUCCUGUGUUAAUGAACAUUUCAAGGAAUAUGUAACGGGCUCGGCUAUUGCGCCGCUCGUCAACGACACUCUAGUUUUUCUUGCCAUUUCGUGGCGAUUGAUGCAAAACUCACUUCUCGGCAAUGAUCGCAAAUUCUGUAUCCGUGCUAUGAUCCUUGGGAAACGCAUGCCCUCGUUUUCGCGCGCACUGUUGAAAGACGGCCAGGUCUACUACUUGACAACUGUCUCCACCAAUCUCUUGACUCUCAUCUUGAUGCUUAUCCAUCCCGUACCUGAAGCAUAUCGGACAAUGCUUGCAGGACCAAACAUCAUGCUCAUGAACGUAAUGGCGUGUCGUGUCUAUAGAAAGACCAAACUGGGACUUUUUGCUAAUUCAACUACACAAAGUUCUCUCCCGACCUUUCGCACAGAGAACACAUUUAGCCUCGCACCCGACCAAAGAGAUUACACUUUAUCCCCCAUCACAUUUCGCAAGGUCCAUUCACAAGGAGAUCCGCUGGAUGGUGGCCACAACGUUACUAUCGAUCUCGGUACCAAGGAGCUGUUUGUCGACAACUCAUUACAAGCCAUAAGAGCCCAGUCCUCUUCGAUUUUCAGUGAACACGAGGUCAAAGACGAUCCAGAAAAAAGAGACAUGAAACCAUCACUGUAA